GCAGUUCACGAUCUCUUUUUCCAACUGCCGAAACCCUAACCCUAAAUUAUUCUUUCUUAAGUCCUCGAGCUGCCCAAGCCGGAGUCGUAGUUCCAGCAGUUACUAAGCUUGGAGCCGAGCCGGACUCAUCACCUAUGUGAUCGUGCUCAUCUGUAUGUAGGUCGUUGGCGGGGUUGUGACUGAAAAUGGGGUCCAUUCUCCGAUCCUUGGCUCUGUUUGUUGAUCUGUUUACUUACUCUAAUGAGAUUGCCCAAGUUAAAACUUUUUUUGUGUGAUGAGGUUACCCCUGCUGUAGGGCUCGCUCCCUUUUAGCGUCGAUAUACCAUUCAUUUCAUGGAUUCGGUAGAGCAGUUCCAGUGGUUUUGAGGCAGUAGAUAGCCCGAGGACGAUGGAAAAUUCUGCAAUGCUGAUGUAAUUUAUUGCAAGUGUUGAUAAAACUACACAUUCAAAUCUGAUGGGCUUUGAAGGAAAUUCUCGACUUUUUGCUUUGGAAAGCGGAAGCACAGCAACUGGACUUGUGCUGCACUCGUGCCCCAAUAUCAAGUCCCUGCUUUCCAACGCUGCAUCUUCCGAGAAGAUAUCAGUAGAUCUGCGAGAUGCAGCUCUGCUUUACUUGGACGCCCCUAGUGUGCCAUAUCCAAUUAUCCGGGAUACAUGGGCUCAACUUACUCCCGGAUACGGCGUUCCCUUUCACCAAGUGCUUGCAGGCAGCUCAUUUGUGCUCGAGAGUCCAAAGCCACGAGAGAAGUCGAAGGAGCUGGUAGAUCGCCUUGCCAAGCUUCAAGACCUCGCUGAUAAAAAUGCUUAUAAAGAACUUGUGAAGGAUGUAACUAAGAGUGCCGAUGAUGAUCGAGAGUACUUUUCCUCGUACAAAAAUUCUCUUGGAUUUGGGAUACACGUGUUGUUCAUCAUGUUCACAGGCUACAUGUUUGGAUACGCAAUUGUUCGGUCACAGUUUCCGGAAUCACCACCAAUGCAUGCAGUGGGAGGGGUAUUUGGUCUUAUCGCCGGGAUGUUCGUAGAGACUAUCCUUUUUAUCACCCGGGCACAGAUGGCGGAGAAAAGACAGCAACUGAGAGCUAAUGUGAAAGCCAAGGCUGGAAAGCAGCCGCCAUCAAAUUUUGAGCCUGUGGCAAACACCUCAUCAAACGCAUCAGAGAUUCUUGACUACCAGUCUGAGAUUCAGGAAGAAGAGGCAUCUACAGGAAUACGCCAACGUCGUGGAGUGCCGAAGUCUCUAAAUUAGUUGUACAUUGCACACGAUUACUGCUUGGGCCAACAACCCGAAGAGGAGGUAAUUAUACUUCCAGUUAUAUCCCAUGUACACUACCAAAAUCUGGUAGAAACAUGAGUAAACGCUCGAAUCAUGUGUACUCCGUUACACACUCAUCCCCUCUUGAAUAAACUUCAACGGAUACAAACUACCAAAACAAUAUUCUCGUUC